AUGCUCGUAGUCCCACAACUAUCUUGGCCUAUCCUAUUUGGUGAAAACCACCUUCAUUCCACUAAAGCUCUAGUUGAUCAUGCAGUCCCCAGCAUCGGAUUCCGACACCCCAGCAUGCAAUUCAUGAUCAAAUGUUCCCUGGAAAACCCCCAACAAGCAUUUCAGAAUUCAACUCCACGCCCACAUGCAGGAGUUACAUGCCAAUUAACUGGAGGCUCCUCUGUAGGUACUCACAAAUCCAAGCCUACAAUGCUUCACAGAGAUGAUAUCACAGCCUUCAUUAAUUCGAGAACAACACGAGCGAGAACAACACCAGCGAGAACAACACCAGCGAGAACAACACGAGCAAGAACAACACCAGCAAGAACGACACCAGUGAGAACGCGAGAACAACACCAGCGAGAACAACACCAGCGAGAACAACACCAGCGAGAACAACACCAGCGAGAACAACACCAGCAAGAACAAGAACACCACCAGCAAAAACAACUACAGGAAGCAAGAAAAAUCAUCGCAAGACUCGGUAAACUUCGUGGUAUUGUUACAAAAUGUCCAUAUCUCUCUCUAGAAGGGGGAGCAGCUGGCGGAACGUAUUACCUAAAACUUGACAUGAACAUUUUUUCACAAGUUUUCACGAUUCCAAUUUAA